CUCAGUAGAACGGAUACCAUUGUGAACUUUGAAGUUUUAGAACAAAAACGUGUUUUCUUAUCACGACAACUCUAUGUUCCGAAUAAAAUACAUUUAAAAGUAUUAUAAGCAAGUUUAUGUGCGCGCUGUCUCGUACCGUUUUACAUUUAAAUAGAUAUUUUUAGGGGGCAAAAGAGAUGAAACAUUAAUAUUACCAGCAAAUGAUUCUAUAAGUGCCACUUUAGAUACAGAUCAAUUAUGUGCAAAAACUACUGUCAUGGCUAGUCCACGUUUCAAAGAGGAUUGUAUCUGGCUGAAUGGAAAGGAAGAAGAUAUCAGAAGCCCCAGAUUGCAAAACUGUUUAACAGAAAUUAGAAAACGUGCAGGACCUUCUAAUAAAUUAGGACAAUGGAAAGUUCAUAUUUCUUCAGAGAAUAAUUUUCCAACUGCAGCUGGUUUAGCUUCUAGUGCAGCUGGUUAUGCUUGUCUUGUAGCAGCUUUAGCUAAGUUGUAUGAAGUUGAGGGUGAUAUUAGCUCAAUUGCUCGUGUUGGUUCUGGAUCAGCAUGUCGUAGUGUUCUAGGAGGUUUUGUGAGAUGGCACAUGGGAUCUGAUCCAAAUGGAACAGAUAGUAUAGCAAAGCAAAUUGCACCUGCCUCUUAUUGGCCAGAAAUGAGGAUCAUAAUAUUAGUUCUAAAUGAUGCACAGAAAAAAGUUUCUAGUGCAAUUGGAAUGAAAAGAAGUAUGGAGACAUCAGAACUAUUGAAAUAUAGGGUAAAACACAUUGUACCAAUAGUAGCAGAUAAAAUGCAACAGGCAAUAAUUAAAAAGGAUUUUAAAACUUUUGCUGAACUUUCAAUGAAAGAUUCUAAUCAAAUGCAUGCGACAGCUUUAGAUACAUAUCCACCAUGCAUCUAUAUGAAUGAUAUUUCACAUGCUGUUGUUGAUUUGAUUCAUUCUUACAAUAAUGCUGUUAAUGAAAUAAAGGUUGCAUAUACGUAUGAUGCAGGACCAAAUACUACUUUAUAUCUUUUAGAAAAAGAUGUACCAACAGUUAUGGGUGUAAUAGAUCAUUUCUUUCCACCACUGCAAGAUAACUUAGUUGAAUAUAAAAAAGGAUUGCCAAUUGAAACAGUUAAACCCUCACAAAAUUUAUUAAAUAAGAUGAACAUUCAGCAGCAUGCACCAGGAUGUUUUAAAUAUAUUAUUUAUACACAAGUUGGGGAUGGACCUAAAUAUCUUAAGGAUCCCAAAGAUCAUUUGUUAAAUAACCAAGGAUUACCUGUUAAACAUGUUUAAAUUUCUCAUAUUAGGAAUUUUAAUACGUAUAAUGUUACGUUCGGUAUCAAGACUGGUAACUCUAUAAUGUGACGGAUAAUAUUAGCAAGUAAAAUAGGAAUAUAAAGAGCACAAUUCCGCUAGUAUUUAUUGAACGGAAAAAUUUAGAACAGUUGCGACUAUGACACGCGGCACAGAAC